CGCCGUCGUAGGAGGCCAUUCGCGUGAGCUGGGUAGCUAGCUAGCUAGCUUUAGCUUUGGAUCUGAAGGAUAAGAAGAAAGAAGGGGAGAGGGGGGGGGGGGGAAGAGGAGUAGAGGCUGACACGUGGGUCCGUCCCAUCUAGUUUGACUGGCUAAAUUACAUGGAGAGUUGGCUAUAUGGCUAUUUGGAGAGGCCAAUUCAGAGAGACUGUUGGAGAUGCUCUAACUCCCAAAACCCUAUCCGCCGCCGCCCCCUUCUCCCUCUCGUCUCUCGCUCGCCCUCUCCCUCCCGCUCUCCCGCCGCCGUCGCCGCCUCCGUCUCCGCGUUCCCCUCGCGCCGCCGCCUCUGCCUCCGCCGCCGCGGCCGCGUCCACCUCCGUGGCCGUCGCGUCGGCGUCUCCGAGCGCCGUCGCCGUCGGCGAGGCGAGCAGCCAUCUCCGCCUCGGUCCCCACCGUCGCCGAGCGCCGCCGCUGCGAGGCGCCUCCUCCGGCCGCCGGCGUCCGGAUCCGGACUCCAUGUUGUCGGGGACGCGGAUCUGACCGCCGUCCAUGCGCUGGGCAGCGUCUCCUCCUCCGCCGUCGCCGAGCAUCGCCAUUUUCGCCUCCACCUCGCUCUGGCGCUGUCGAGCGCCGCCGCCGCAGCACCCGUCCUCCGCUGCCGUUGCCAUCGCCGAGCGCCCCUGCUGGGUCCUUCGCCGCCAUCGCCGACGGCCGCUGCUCCGUCCUCCGUUGCCGCUGCCAUCGAAGAUACGACGUUGGUGACGGAGCCGGCAUCAAUGAAGGCGGUGGCAGCAGCGAGAAGAGGAGAACCCCACGGCAACACCACCACCAUCGUCGUUCCUGUCGUUGCAGCCCGGACUGCUUAUAAUCUGGCACUUCACGAACAUGGGCCAAAGCUCUAUGACAAACUGACAGAAGACAUGGAAGAUCACCUGCAAGAAAUGUGCGUAUCGAUUGAGGCUGCUCAAGGUGGUUUAAAAAUUAUAGAUAGGUUCAGUCAAGAGAGUACCUUGCCCUAUUAUUUGCUUCCGUUUGUAUGGGAGAACAUCUUAGCUUGCGCUUUAAUUGUUGCAGCAGAGUGAAGUUAUAAUUUCAGGCUUCGUUCCAAACAGCUAGCGUGUAUACCACAGCACUCUAUGGUUGGUGGCAGCAAAAGAUGGAAGGAAAAAACGUAUUAGCGGAUGGUGUGAUGGUGCCGUACUUGUUCAUCAGAGAAAACUAACAAGUCCACGGCGAAGCUGGGGAUUUAACUGGCAUUCGUAGAUUUCUUGGAUUUGGGAUUGGUUUGCAGCCUGAUUCAGACUAUAUGGACAUUGGAGGGUGAAGCUUGUUUUAUGUGCAGGGGUGCUUUUGGAGGCAGAUACGGUCUUCAUCCACCCGACGGUAGAUCCGAGCAUGUGCAUUUGUGGCGGUGCGAGGCAGCAGGCAGCGGCCAGUAGCCCGAGAACCCCGACCUCGAUGCCCUAAUGGGCGUCACGCCAUAUGUGACGGAGAUACGCGACGAAUUGGGGGUGAGCCAGGGAGACUGCGCGAACCAUGAUCUUGCGAGUUGCGAGCGCUGGGCCUGGCCACCGUUUUCAGGCCGUUGGGCAAGCUAGGAGGCAAGACCUUGGAGACGGGAAGCUGAUCUACUUCUCCAGUCUCCAGUUAUGUCUUGCAAUUCGUAACUCCCUUCUUGGCUGCGGCCUACAGCCCUACAGCGAGUGGGUUCGAGCCCAUCCUCCAUUCUCAACCUGGAUUUGCCACUCAUCAAGCCUCAAGGAAAUUGGUGGAGAGUACCACAAGUUGUGGCUUAUCGGCAAUGAAUGAGAUCCUAUCUGGAGCCGUAUAGGUGAUGAUUUAUCAGAAUCCGGCUAUUAGCAUUAUUGUUUCAGUUGUAAAAGAAUAUGUUGAUUGUUAGGACAGGCUUUCGACCAAUUAGGCUCCUCAUCUUGGCAAUAUUGAUGUUUUAUUUGUGGGCAUUACCGUCUUCCCUCUUUCAUGGACGGUAUGAUGAGGAACUCCCAUUGUGCAAGCUCUUCAGCAUGCCUAAUUGGCUCUUUCUGCAAAUCUACUCAACAUAUUAUCACACUCUUCGCACCAACCACGCAUAGGCCUUCAUGAAACAAGACAGAGUGUACUUUUCGACGAAAUACUCCAUAGAUCACAUAGCGCCACUCAUGGACAGCGCAACAGUGGAUAUACAAGUUCAAGCAUUGGAAGGCCCUUCAAUCACAAUGGUUCUCCACACAUCAACGGAUCAUCGUUGCAACUUAAAAGAUGGAUGGACAGACUUUGCAGUAAACAACAGCAUGAGGUUGCUCACUAUGCAUUUUCAUUUCUACAAGAAAAGCAUUUGCAAGCAACCAUAGAUAUCUUCUGAAGACCGUACUGGCCCUGCCAUACAGUCCUUUUGGUGCCAUCAGGGUUCGCUCUCCAUGAAACGUGAUGCUAAUAUCUUAUGAUAUCAAUAUGGUGUUAAUUAGCCUUGUGCCUUAUAAGGCCAUCGUGCAGACUGCACUUGUAAAUCUACUAUGCCACCCACAUAUUUAGCCACUGUUAUAAGGACCAAAUAGGCAACAUCCUUAUCUAUAUAUGGACACCUGAGUAAGUUAACAUGGUCACCUGCUAUAUUGCUUUCAACCUGUUUCUUUUUCAGUGUGCAAGUAUAACAACCGGAUUGUUGCUAUUCCCAACAUGUACGUGCAGGCGGCGCACCAUUGGCGCGUCCCACCCUCUAGUACAAUGUAUCAGACAAGUCAUUCAGACUAGAAUGUAUGAAUGGCAACUUGAGCC